AUGAAACGGGCCCCAGAAGAGGCCUGGAAACUCACGUUUCAUAAAUCCAGCUAUUAUUCAAGACAUAAAUACAUCCAUACAGGUGCAAAGCACCAUGUGUGCAAUCAAUGUGGUAAGGUAUUUGUUUCUAAAUCUCAGCUCACAAUACAUAAACGAAUCCAUACAGGUGAGACGCCCUAUGUAUGUGAUCAAUGUGGUAAGACAUUUAAUCAAGAACAUCAUCUCACAUACCAUAAACGAAUCCAUACAGGUGAGAAGCCCUAUGAAUGUGAUCAAUGUGGUAAAGCAUUUAAUAAAAAAACUAAUCUCACAAGACAUAAACGAAUCCAUACUGGUAAGAAGCCCUAUGUAUGUGAUCAAUGUGGUAAGGCAUUUAAUGUGGAAAAUAAUCUCACAAUACAUAAACGUAUCCAUACAGGUGAGAAGCCCUAUAUAUGUGAUCAAUGUGGUAAGGCAUUUAAUCAAGAACAGAAUCUCACAACACAUAAACGUAUCCAUACAGGUGAGAAGCCCUAUGUAUGUGAACAAUGUGGUAAGGCAUUUAAUCUCAUGGGUGAUCUUACAAGACAUAAACGAAUCCAUACAGGUGAGAAGCCCUAUGUAUGUGAUCAAUGUGGUAAGACAUUUAAUCAAGAACAGAAUCUCACAGCACAUAAACGUAUCCAUACAGGUGAGAAGCCCUAUGUAUGUGAUCAAUGUGGUAAGGCAUUUAAUCGUGAACAUCAUCUCACAUACCAUAAACGUAUCCAUACAGGUGAGAAGCCCUAUGUAUGUGAUAAGUGUGGUAAGACAUUUAAUCAAGAACAGAAUCUCACAACACAUAAACGUAUCCAUACAGGUGAGAAGCCUUAUGUAUGUGAUCAGUGUGGUAAGGCAUUUAAUCGUGAAUAUAAUCUCACAACACAUAAACGAAUCCAUACAGGUGAGACGCCCUAUGUAUGUGAUCAAUGUGGUAAGGCAUUUAAUGAUGGAAGUACUUUCAGGAAACAUAAACGAAUCCAUACAGGUGAGAAGCCCUAUGUAUGUGAUCAAUGUGGUAAGGCAUUUAAUGAUGGAAGUAAUUUCAGAAAGCAUAAACAGAUUUUCACAAGUCAAAAAAUUUAUCAACCAAUUCUAUGUUUAAAUGGUGUCUAUAUUAUUGAGUAG